GGGCACUGGGCUCAGGUCACUAGCCAGCGGGCGGCAGAGGAGGAAGGACAGGAGCCGGCGGUGGAGGGCGGCAGCGCGGGCGCUGACCGCCAGGCUCGGGCCGAGCUGCAGUGUUUCCGGGUUCCGGAUAAGUAGUUCGCUGGGGUUCCGCGCCUCCUGCACAUUUCCACGGCUCCUGGCAGAUGCACCCCCAAACCUCUUCCCCCCCCUCACACCCCCGUCCGCAUACAGCGUCAGAGAGAGAAGUCACCACAGCUCCGCUCCACCAGUGAAGCCUCCCCUCUACAUGAUGCUCCCACGUGGCGCUGGGGGUACGAAUCCGGGUCCUCUGCAUGGUAAAGUGUGUGUCCACCGGGCGAACUCUCUCCUCUCCACCGACCCCCUGGAAUUUCACCUUUUGGAAAGUUCUACAAUCGUAGAUGCCUUUAAAUUUGUUGUUAUUGUUGAUAGCGAGGGAGAGAGACACAGCGCUGCAACACCACUCGUGAAGCUUUCCCCCUGCAGGUGGGGACCGAGGGCUUGAACUCAGGUCUUUGUGCAUUGUAACAUGCAUACUCAACCAGGUGCACCACCACCCGGCCCCCUACAAUGGUAGAUCCUAAUGCGAUUUUGUUGGAAACUGUACAAAGCCCAGCAUAGCACGGCCGUUUUUAUGGUAAGGAACUCACCGAACCUGUGUGUAGCCUGAGACCAGAACUUUGCAAGGUUUUCCCUCCCCAGCCUCGCUAGGCCGCAGAUAACUACUACUGCUUUGUUCUAGAGCUGUUCCCCCCUCCCUCCUGAUGUGUGAAUUCAUAAACGUGUUUUGAACCUUGUGUGUUUGAUUUCAUAGGAAGAAGAAACUGUCCAAAGAAAUAGCAUGAAGCCUAAAAGAAUUAGACUUUUUAUUUCGAGAUAGGGGAGUAAACAGAAACCAUUGCUAUCAUUCCCGCAUGAUUCGAUGUGCUUUGUUACUUGAAACAUCCAGUCUUUCUCAUACACAUGAUGUCAGAAGGAAAAGCUGAGAGGAGCAAAAGACCUCGGAGAAGUUUGUCAAACAGCAAAGCUAAAAAAAAUGUGUCCAGCUCUAUUGUUUCAUUUUUUAACAAUACACCACCAGCAAAGCUGGCCUGCCCCAUUUGUAGUGAGAUGGUACCGAGAUAUGACUUAAACAAGCACCUCGAUGAACUGUGUGCUAACAGUGAUGGUGUCAAUCCAGUUAAUCCCAGGCACCAUGUUCCUGUAAUGAAUUCAAAUGUGUCCACAGAGGGUUUGACCAGUAUUGUUUUAGAAGAUGUAACUCCAAAGAAGUCAUCACCUCCAAAGAUAAAUUUAAGCCCUGGCCAAAGUGAUUCUGCAAAAAUGGUCAUCAAACAGCAGACCAGCCCCUAUUUUGAAUGCGAUGAUAACUUGGUACACAAAAAUCAGGAUGCCCCAAAGCACGAUGUGCAAGUCAUUUCUUUGGGAAGCCUGUCUUCAAAAUUGUCCAGAAGAUACAUAAAGGCGAAACGAUCUAUAAAUCAAAAUGAGGAGUUUGCCAGUCAUUGUCCUCAGAGUUCCUUAUCCAUAUCAGAGGGGGGUCUGGUUGGUGAUUUUCCAGAGAUUGAGGGCAAAGAUAAAAUUUUACAGAAUAGUUCCCAGAAGGAAAAUAUGUUUGCUUACGAUUCUCUGAAGGAACAGAGUGGCGGAGAAGGCUCUAACAUCACAGAAGCUGAAAGUCACAAGGUUUCACCCCAGGAAUGCUGGCAAUCAACCGUGCUCACCCCUGCCGCCCCAGAUAGUGCUUCCAUGCUAUUUUCAUUAAAGUCAGCCUCCACUGACAGUCAUGCCAAGCAGGAGACUAUCACAGGAGGUGUAGAAAAGUGUGAGGCAGGGAGUCAUGAAGAAGUGGAAAUGACUGUUGCUUCUGAGGCUAAUCAGACACAGUUGCCCUAUUGGGAGGCAAAAUCUCAUUCUUCUAAGCAGAAUGAUCUCCACGAACUUCCUCCAGGAAGUGACUGUGGCUUCAAGAAUGAGUUCCCUGGCAUGAUUCCUUUGGAGCAGGGAACACGCCAUGAUGUGCCGGGGAGAGUGAUUUCAGUGGCCCCUAGUCAUCCUUACUACCUUCAGAACUUCCUCAUGGUGCUGAAAGCUGUGUUUGAGAAUGAAGAUGACAGCAGGCUCUUUGACGAACAAGAGCAUGAAAUUGUAAGGAAGUUCCAUCAGCUAUCAGAUAAUGGUCAGAAAUUAUAUGUGAGACUUUUCCAACGUAAACUCAGCUGGAUUAAGUUGAAUAAAUUGGAAUAUGAAGAGAUUGCUCCUGAUUUAACGCCUGUGAUUGGAGAAUUGAAGCACGCAGGCUUUCUACAGACAGAAUCUGAGUUGCAAGACCUCCCUGAAGUGCUUGAACUCCUUUCUGCACCUGAACUGAAAACCCUGGCAAAGACCUUCCACGUGGCAAAUCCCAAUGGACAGAAGCAGCAUCUGGUGGACACCUUGCUCAAGCUGGCCAGACAACGCUCUGUCUGUACUUGGGGCAAGAAUCAGUCUGGCAUCAGCACAGUGAUGUUAAAAAGAGCUAAGGACCUGGCAGGACAGUCGCUGAGAGUCUGCAGAGGCCCCAGGGCUGUGUUUUCCCGGAUCCUGCUGCUCUUCUCCCUGACUGACUCGCUGGAAGAUGAGGACGCUGCCUGUGGUGGACAAGGGCAGCUGUCUACCGUGCUGCUGGUCAGCCUCGGCCGAAUGCAGUUUCCUAGCUACACAAUCAGUCGGCAGACCCCAAUCUUCCAAGAUAGAGACGAUCUCAUCAGGUAUGCGUCUGCUGCAUACACGCUGAAUGACAUCUCUACCGCAAUGGCCAGUGGGAACUGGAAGGAGGCUAACGAGCUCGCUCAGUGUGCGAAACGGGACUGGGACCAGCUGAAAGACCACCCUUCCCUGAGAUACCACGAGCGUUUACCACUCUUCUUGCGAUGCUUUACUGUCGGGUGGAUUUACACCAGGAUCUUGUCUCGGGCCGUUGAAAUACUGCAGCGCCUUCACCUGUAUGAGGAAGCAGUGGUGGAACUUGAAAACCUCUUGUCCCAGAGAGUGUACUGUCCUGACAGCAGAGGCCGAUGGUGGGACAGACUGGCCCUUAACUUACACCAGCACCUGAAACGCCUCGAACCGGCAGUUAAGUGCAUCGCCGCAGGGCUGGCGGACCCCGCUGUCAGGACCGGACAUCGCCUGUCGCUCUACCAGCGAGCCAUGCGCCUCCGAGAGUCUCCGAGCUGCCACAAGCACAGGUCCCUCCUCCUCCAGCUGCCGGAAGUGACUGUGGCCGAUGUGAAGCACGUGACUAUCACAGGCCAGCUGUGCCCACAGCGUGGGAUGGGCAAGUCGGUGUUUGUGAUGGAGGCCGGGGCUCCUGACGCACCCACCACAGUCCUGUGCUCUGUGGAGGAGCUGGCACUGGCCUUCUACAGACGUGGCGGCUAUGACCAGGGUAUCCAUGGGGAAGGGUCCACCUUCAGCACGCUGUUCGGCCUCCUCCUGUGGGAUGUCAUCUUCAUGGAGGGUGUCCCGGAUGUCUUCAGGAAUGCCUACCAGGCCCUCCCGCUGGACCUGUGCACGGAUAGCUUCUUCACAAGCCGGGGGCCGGCCCUCGAGGCUCGGCUGCAGGAAAUCCAUAGCGCCCCAGCCGAGAGCCUGCGGGCCUGGGUGGCCGCCACGUGGAAGGCUCAGGAAGGCAGAGUGGUCUCCAUCGUCAGCUGGGACCGCUUCACCUCCCUUCAGCAGGCUCAGGAUCUUGUUUCCUGCGUGGGGGGCCCCAUCCUCAGCGGUGUGUGCAGGCGCCUGGCCAUGGACUUCCGACACUGCCGAGGGGGACUCCCCGACCUGGUGGUGUGGGACUCUCAGGCUCAUCGUUUUAAGCUGGUGGAAGUCAAAGGUCCCAGUGAUCGUCUCUCACAUAAGCAAAUGAUUUGGUUGGAUGAACUGCAGAAGCUGGGGGCUGAAGUAGAAGUCUGCCAUGUGGUUGCUGUUGGAGCUAAGAGCAAAGUAAUAAACUGGAUUGUUUGACGACUCAUCGCUGUACCAUGUCUGUACAUCAUAAAGCUUGGUAUUGUCCGGAAUACAUUCAUUCAUCCGUUCCACAAACAGGUAAUAAAUUCUGAAGGUCAGAACCUUGGUGGUAGUUUUAGGAGGUAGGUGUCUGUAAUUCAAGUCUAAAUUAGAGUUUUUAAAAAGAGAUU